AUGACACAGACAGAUGACUCGUACCUGAUCAUUGGUGCAGGAGUCUUCGGCGCCUCUACGGCGCUUCAUCUCAUCAGAAAGUACCCGAACUCGAAGAUCCGUCUCGUAGAUCGGGAACCAUUUCCUCCCCAGAACGCAGCAUCAUGGGAUCUCAAUAAGGUGGUGCGCGCUGAUUAUGAUGACAUCUUCUACACCGAGAAGGCCCUGGAAGCGAAGGAGCUUUGGAGAUGGGAUCCUUUGUUCAAACCGUUCUACCAUGAGAGUGGAAUCUUCUGGAUCUCAGAUGCGGAAUUGGCAUCCAAGAUCAGUGACAACUACAAGAAACUGAAUGCCAAAGAGGACUUCCGCCUCGUUUCGUUAGAUGAAGCCAAGACUGCCUAUGAUGGCAUGUUCGAAGCCGCUGAUUACUCCGGCGUUUCUCAGAUCUUGAUCAACAAGAGUAGUGGCUGGGCCGAAGCCAAAGAAGCGCUCAAGGCCACUAUUCAAGCGUCUGUUGACGCCGGUGUCGAGUACACUGCCACGGAUAUCGUUGGGGUUGAAUUUGACAAGAAUGGCGCUUGUAUUGGAGCCCGGUCAAAGUCAGAGGAGAUGUUCAGGGCUAGAAAGACCAUUCUUUGUACAGGCGCGGGUACGGCUAGGCUUCUGGCAGACAGCUCUCCUUAUCGAGAAGACAUUCAAGUAGAUGGUCGACUUGUAGCUGCAGGCAUAUGCACCGGGUUUGUAGAGCUUAAUGAUAAGCUUGCGGAGGAAUUUAGCAAAGCCCCCGUUGGGGUUCAAGACCUUCUACCUGGCCGAGGUGGAAGCUUACCACCUACUGUGAGACAUGAGCUCAAAUACUGGCGCGAUGUCAGUGUUCGAAAUUCGAUCAAGCAUGCUUCUGGUCAAGUCUUCUCUGCUCCGCCAGACAAGCCCCUGUAUGACCAGUGGGAAGUGCCUCAGACGUUGAAAGAUGAGGUUCGAUAUGUCAGCGAGUCACUAUUUGGCAAACGUGAGGACCUCAAGAUUAGCAACCACCGUCUAUGUUGGGAGUCGGUAACGCCAUCAAACGAUUUUAUCAUUAGUGCUCAUCCACGAUGUGCAGGCUUGCAUGUAGCAACGGGAGGAUCUUUCCAUGGAUGGAAGUUCCUUCCAAUACUUGGGAAGUAUGUGCUUCAGAUGCUGGAUGGUACGAUAGACCCUGCUUUGGCCAAGCGAUGGGCUUGGGAUCGCGAAAACCUUGAACCUGACCUCAAGGACUCUUUUGUGGCCGCAGCGUGA